UAUGGACGUGGGAUACCGGACAGCGUGGGAUUCUAGAGGCCUGACCUUCCUACCCUCAUAGGAAAUGAAGGAAUAAAUCUGGCAUCUUAAUUGCUCAAACACGCAAGAAGCUUUGACACUAAUCCCUAGUUGUCCGGUCACCCACGUCCAUACCCCAGCACUCGAGUACCCUUGCAAAGUAUUUCCCUUUAUACUCCUAUUUCCCGCACCUGCAUCUCUGAUCAUCUAUCUAUCAUUCAUCUCUCACUAAUACUGACUGCAAAGAUGUCCGCACCUUUUCUCCGUAAGUAUAUCCAUUUAUCUAAUACUCGUUUGAUAGCUGUUAAAUCAAUUUCAUUUAGAAAAAGCCCUUGAACACAGUGGAGCCCUUUCUACGACCUUGGUACUUUGCUGUUUGCAAUGGAUCUACUCCAUCGGAGCGACGCUCGGCACCACAUCGACAAACUUGACAAAAUUCAAACCGAACUAGGCGAUACCAGCCACCAAGCUCGAGCCGUCGAGGUGCCUCUUACGAAGGAGAUUAGAUUGACGCGAGCAAUCGCUGAGAACGCACCCCUCCUGAUGAUUGACGACUUGAAAAGAGGCAAGGCAGCGUCGGAAGUCUUGGGCAAUUGUGGGAAGUGCAUUGAGAGCGGGGGGGCUAAUUGCCUUUGGGGUAAGAUGAUGCCUUGGUUGUCAUCUGUUCUAAUUGAUUAUGCUAAUUUAGGUAGUGCGGAAUCACGGGUGGCUGGGUAGGCUUUUUUUUAAAAAAAGUUAUCAGAAUGAAUCAAAUCUUAAGACUUUGAUGCUAC